GCUGUGAUAUGGCGAUGGCCGCUGCCGUGGAGGUCCUUCGUCUACAGACCUGGCCGGCCAGCGCUGACCUGGACAGCCAGGAGGUCGGUGAACGCUGCCGAUGCUGCCGACGGAGGUGUGGAAUCACGCCUGGUGUCAGCAAUUGCGGCUGGCGAGGCCGCGGAGAUUCAAGAUUUUCUAGUGUCCGGAGGGGCCGAUGUCAAUCUUCCGAACAAGAAUGGUCAGAUUGCUGUGGUAGCAGCUGCUAUCAGCGGAGACAGUUCCAUCGUUGAAAUGCUUCUAGCAGCCAAUGCUGAUGUGGAUGCUCGCAAUGCGAACGGUGUGAGUGCCAUAGUUGCUGCUUCUCACUUGGGGCACUACGAGGUGGUGGAAAAGUUGAUUCAGGCUAGAUGUGAUGUCGACUCUGUCAACAAGGCAGGUGCUACCGCGCUUGUAGCUGCCGCUGAAGGAGGGCAACUUGCGGUGGUGGAACUGUUGCUUGAGGCCGAGGCAAAUGUCAACCAUGUUGGCGCUAUGCAGUCCACGCCACUUUUUGCAGCUGUGCAGGAGGGGCAUGAAACCAUUGUAUCUUUGCUGCUGAAAAACAACGCAGAGCCAAAUCACGUGGCAGCAAAUGGUGCCAGUGCACUUGCAGUUGCAGCCCAGUUGGGAUUUGCCAACGUUGCAUCAUCUCUUCUGCAAUCAAAUGCUAUGGUGGACUACCAGAAUGAGCAGGUCAUGAAUGCCUCUGCUUUGGUGCAAUCCUCCCAACAGGGUCAUGUGGACAUGGUGGAAGUGCUGCUUGCGGCAAAGGCUUCAGUGGAUUUACCAUGCAGUGAUGGUGCAACGGCUCUCAUCCUGGCCUCUCAGGUGGGCCACCAGGCAGUCGUGUCCAAGCUGCUAGCUGCAAAGGCAGACCCCAACAGGGGCCGCAACGAUGGUGGGACGGCGCUCAUGUUUGCUGCACAAGAAGGCCAUUUGAAAGUGGCGAAGCAGCUGCUGACUGCUGGUGCCGAUGCUAUGGCUUGCGCAGCAUCCGGAGCCACUGCCGUGUCCCUGGCAGCGAGAAAUCAAGACAAGGCCAUGCUACGUUGCUUGAUGGCAGCUGGCAAAGACGCACCCUUCGAUUUGGACGAGUUGUUCGAUGGUAAGACAUAA